AUGACCCUACAUAUAUACGUUAAUCACGCACACUCGUGGACAACCCGGAUAGUCGUAUUUGACUUUGACUCGGCGACAUGCAUUGUAACAUUCUCCGAAUCCGUGACGUCGUACCGAACUUUGGGAAUUGCAUUCUCGAUGGGAGAUCCCGUGGCACUUGCUGUAGCCUAUUGUUCCUUUUUGAUGCGAUCUGUGAGGGCCAAGAUAGAUGGAACUGCUGUUGCGCCCAGGAACGUUCACCGCCUGGUGUGUGUAUUGUGCACAGCAGCCGAACCCAAUCUUCAGCGAAUCCAAGAGGCUGCAGGAUUUCCUAGGAUUUAAUUCAGCGCUUCAGACUAAUAAUAAGCCAUGGAGUUCAGACUCUUUGCUGCCUGUAAUGCAUUCACAGUUCAACCCAAAAGACUGUACUGCAGUGAUCAGCAUAUCUACCCUCGAAACUAAGACCCUCAAUGAAGACCCUGAUGAAGGUCGUGUUGUUCUCCAAGGACAAGUUCGCAAAGCUAGCGACAAAGACCUCCAGCAGCAUAAAUGA